CUUUCCUCUUGUAUUCUCACCGCAAGAACAAGCGUGGCAGGAAGCAUACGGGAGGGGGAGGCAAUGGGUCUGCAGGAUACGUAGAAUAAAUACAUGAUAGAUGAAAAGAAAGAAAGAGCAUUGCUGUCAAUUCCAUGGUCGUGAGUGCCGUGGCCCCGACGACACCAGACGGCUGGUCAAUGGAAGAAAGUCUGGACUGGAUGGAUGGUUGGAUGGAUGGAACUGGACCGCACCCUCAUCUGCACCAUCGGCAUCGGCCUCGCCCACACACACCACCCCCAUCGGAUCCAAUCCCCAAUCCAAACCCCAUCCAUCCAUCGCACGCUCGCUCUCACUCUCACACUCUCUCUCCCUCUCGCAGGAGAUCUCAUCCUCGCUCCAUCCUCCAUCCACACAUGACUUCUUUCCCUUCUCUCUCUCUCUCCCCUCCCCCUCCAACCCGUUCUCACUCCUCUUCCCGCUCCCUUCCCAUCAACACCGCGUAUCCCACCUGCUGAAUGCAUCAUCGUCGCCAUCACAACGCCCUCACCAACUCACCGCAGGGCUCACCGUACCGAAAUCGCAUCUCCCGCUCCAGCUAGAGAUAGAUAAUUCGAGACCCCACUCCGUCGGCCGCCCAACUCGCUACCACCAACGUCGCGAAUAGCAUCACCGGUUCCCGCCAUCGUCAUUUCGCCGAACCCGCCGAACCCCUAACUCCCGACACCCCCUGCACAUACAUACACACGCGCGCGCGCGCGCACACACACACUCUCUCUAUCUCUCCUCCCCACGACGCCGAGGCCAACGCCAACUCCACGUCUUUUUUUCCCGCGAUCCGCCUCACUUGCUUCACACCCAGUUCGCCAUCAUCCCCAAGGCGCGUGACCCAAUCAACUUGU